ACACUUGACUGACACUCAUGCUAUAUGAUACAGGCGAGUGGUCAGGGAAAAAAAAAAAAGUGCGGGACUCUGUCAUGUCUUCUUCUUCUUCUUCUUCUGCAUUCUAGCUUAUACUGUAUUACAGACCAAGAUAUUUUUAUGCAUCUUAUCUGCUUAUCAUAUUAUAAAGUGGGACCUGUGUCAGCAGAUAUAAAUUGUACAGGAGUAUACCAGGACUAAACUGCAGCGGUCACCAUGAUGUCUGAUGAGUAUUUGGUGGAGUGCAAGAUAGAUGAUGAUGAUGACAGUGAUGAUGACUAUGAUGAAGAAGCGAUGGAGAUACAUCCCACACCAACUCCACCACCACAGUUCUGCUCCAGCUCCCUAGCGUCCAUAAGCCAUUGUGAAACCAGAGACCCCUAUGGAGUCAACAACCACUUGAGGAUGGACUUCAGUGAUGUUUUGGCUGAGCCAGCCUCUACACACAGUUAUGAACGUGUUUGGGUGUACAGUAGCAUUGGGUUUGAGUCAGCACGGAUCUGGAGUUACCGUUGCCUCACGGCACUUUUCGCAGUCCCCAUUUCCUGCCUCUCUGGCUGUCUUUUUGCACUGCUGGCCUGCUUACACAUCUGGUGUGUGAUGCCCUGUGUACAGGUCUGCCAUACCUGUUUACCCUGUGUUCAGUCCCUGUGGAUGAGUGUGGUGAACAUCUUCAUCAUGCCACUCUUUAUGUCUGCUGCUCGGUGUUGUAGUGGAAUACAUGUAUUAUUCUCUAAUGAAUGAGGAACAUAGAAAAUGAAAUGCACUCCAUGGCCGUUUUUGCUUAAUUCACACAUACAUCCUUCGUGACAUUUAAAAAAUGCACAGUAUUUCAAGGUUCAGUGCUCUUUUAGCACUUAAAUAUGUCUUCAGUGGAGUGAAAGUACUGGACUAUGAGUGGAGUAUACAGAUAGUACAGUGUAUUGGUGUUACACAUGAACAAAGCAAUAAGAAUCCAUCUUUCAUUUUAAUCCUUAAACUCAACUUGGACCAGUAUUCCAGAGAAUUCAGUACCUCUUCAUUGCCCUUGUGCAAAAUCAUGAUGUUUUCUCCUGUUGCUGUGUUUAGCAGCCUAUGUCUGCUCAUUGACCUGUUAGUUUAUAACUUUAUUAUUUUCUGCUCAUCAGGGUCAGGUCACUUUCACCUAGCUUGUAAUUACAUGCAGGCUUUGCAGAAUAGAAAGGUCUGUUGUCAAUGGCUUCAAUGUUCAGUCUUAUGAUGGAUAUGCAUUAACUCUAUAACAGUGCUAUUACACUAACCAGGCAUAACAUUAUGACCACCUGCCUAAUAUUGUGUUGGUCCUGCCAAAACAGCCCUGACCCAUCCUGCACUGUGUAUCCUGACACCUUUCUAUCAGAACCAGCAUUAACUUCUUCAGCAACAGUAGCUUGUCUGUUGGAUCGGAUCACACGGGCCAGCCUUCUCUCCCCACGUGCAUCAGUGAGCCUCGGCCUUCCAUGACCCUGUCGCCGGUUCACCACUGUUCCUUCCUUGGACCACUUUUGAUAGACAGUGACCACUGCAGACCGGGAACACCCCACAAGAGUUUUGGAGAUGCUCUGAUCCAGUGGUCUAGCCAUCACAAUUUGGUCCUUCUUGCUCAAAUCCUUACGCUUGUUGAAUGUUGUUAAAUGUUGACUUGCUUCCUAAUAUAUCCCACCCACUAACAGGUGUCAUGAUAAGGAAUUCACCAGUCUUCACUUCACCUCUCUGUGGUCAUAAUGUUAUACCUGAUCAGUGUAUAUCGUCAGUAUUUAGCAUCAGUCGUAUGAUGGAUAUGCACUCUAUUACUCUAUUAUAUAAUUACACUGUCUUUAUCAAUAACAGUGUUAUUACAGUAAAUGUUAUACAUUUUGGUUACACACUAGACUUUAUUCAGAGAAAAAACACCUAGAAUAGUGUUUUCCUUGUCCCUUGCUACAGCUAGACUGCAUUUAUAUGCUACUGUUACUGUACUAAUGUGUCUGCUUCACAGUUUCAUUCAACAAGUUUUAUCCAUGUCUUUCAAA